AAGUCGCCGUUUAGCAGGAUGAGCACUUUUCUCGCAUCGAUUCCCUUUUACAUCUACAUGUGCGUCUGCCUGAUUCUCCAGGAAGAAGUGGCCGCCCAAUUCUUGACUCCGAAUUGCGGUUUAUCCUAUGAACCCAAUAUGGCCACUAGAAUAGUUCACGGCAAGGAAGCUUUACUAAAAUCGGCUCCAUUUAUGGCCUAUUUGUACAACAACUCGAAGCUCCACUGUGGCGGAACGAUCAUCUCCAAUAGGUACAUUCUAACGGCUGCUCACUGUAUGCGGACCUAUCUGAAGGUGCGACUGGGGGAACACGAUGUUACCAGAAACCCCGACUGUCAGGGGAUCUCUUGCUCUCCACCUGUCGAAGAAUUCGACAUCGUUUUGGCAACAAAGUACAAGGGCUUCGAUGGCAGCCUGGCCAAUGAUAUUGCUCUGCUCAAGCUGAGCAGGCUCAUCCGUUUUAAUGCCCACAUACAGCCGAUCUGCCUGAUUCUUAAUCCGGCUGCAGCGCCCAAUGUGCAAGAGUUACAGGCUUUUGGAUGGGGCUACAACGAAAUGGGGCAAUCCGCCAAUGUGCUCCAGACCACGUUUCUAGUCCGCUACGCCCUCAACUACUGCAGAUUGAUGCUGGAAAGGCCUAUCACCGUUAACCAGCUGUGCGUCGGGCUUAAAGGAUCGGACACCUGCUCCGGCGAUUCCGGCGGACCUUUGGUGACCAAGGUGAACUACGAUGGAGUUUGGCGUUACUUGCAGCUGGGCAUCGUUAGCUAUGGCGACGCAUUUUGCCAAAGCCCGGGCGUGUAUACGUAUGUUCCGCACUACAUUAGAUGGAUCCAAAAUGUUAUGCAGACAAAUGGGCAUUAA